GAUCGGCUUAACCGUCCAUCUGUUAGCUGCCGUGAUAUGUCAAGACCACUUAUAUCCCAGCACUUCGAGUCAAUCUUACCGAAAUAUCAGCACAUUUCAACUGUAUCUGUUCCCCGAACAAAUAAAUACAGGGCACCGCUUGUUACAUCUGGUACAAAUCUGAUUCAAAUAAAAUUAGAAAACAAUACAUUAACAGAUGAAUCUCGAAUCUUAAAAUUCGGCCUUCUUAACAUUAGAUCGCUUACCAAUAAAGAACCUAUUGUCAAUGAAAUAAUUACAGACCAAAACUUAGAUGUACUCUGUUUAACAGAAACCUGGCUUAAAGCAGACGACUACAUUAGUUUAAAUGAAUCCACCCCACAAGACUAUUAUUAUAAACACGAACCUCGAUUAAAGGGGAGAGGGGGUGGUGUAGCUACAAUAUACAACACAAUGUUUAAAGUAAACCAAAAAUCUGAGCUAAAAUUUAAAUCAUUUGAAGUAAUGUUGUUAAAUAUGGAAAUAACUGAUCGUAACCACAAACAGCUUUCUUUUGCUUUAGCGACAAUCUAUAGACCACCGGGCCACCAUGCAGAUUUCCUUAAUGAAAUAGCAGAUUUCCUAUCUGAGCUUGUAGUCACUGUAGAUAAAGCUCUUAUUGUUGGUGAUUUUAAUGUCCAUGUGGACAACCCAAAAGACGCAUUAGGACGUGCGUUUAUAGAUGUUCUAAAUUCUCUCAAUAUUAGACAAAACGUGACAGGGCCAACGCAUACUCGUAACUGCUUUGAAACAAUUGACUUUUGUGAAAAGCGCUAUAUAAAUAAAAUUGAAUUGAAAAUUGAAUAA